GGCACAGUUAGCAGACAGCAGGCAGCAGUAACUCUAGGCUGCAUUGCUUAAUACAUAGCUUUUAACAGCCUCUCACCAGAGAUAACUUUUUAACCUUUCAAACGGGCUUAGUGCUGGAGCUUUUAAUUAGAUACCCGGGAUUUGCAGUAAAAUAUUGGCCCGAAUACAUGUCAAGGAAGGACUUUUAACUUACUGAGCACAUGGAUUUCAACUCCAGAACCGUCCUCCUCGUCAUUUAGUGCACUUAUAAGUGUAUUUGAUUACCACUUCAAUUUCCACCAUCUUAGGGACGACAUGAGUCAACAAAGGAAACGAGGCCGCGAUCCUGGCGCUGUAGAUGAAGAGCUGCGUCAAUACACCACCGGUGGUCAAACCCUGGAGGAACUUGACAAGAAGUAUCCGAAUAGGCCGAGGAACCACUCAAAAACGCUGUUGUUCUCCCAGCUUUACGAAUGCCUCUUCAAUCCGCUGAACAACAAUAAGAAACAGCCCACGGGGCCCGCAACUAGUCGGGCAAAGACUGGUCCUCAUGGCCCAUCCAAGAUGUCUCCCCAGGAGCAACGCCGCAUCAUCGUCGAGCGUUUCAUCUCCAGGUGGCGCGCCGAGGUGGGCGACGACUUCUACCCUGCUCUGCGCCUCAUCAUCCCAAACCAGGACCGUGACAGAGGCGUAUACGGGCUCAAGGAAAACAAUAUCGGCAAGAUUCUGGUCAAGAUCAUGAAGAUCGACAAGAACUCCGAAGAUGGCUACAAUCUGCUGCACUGGAAGCUACCGGGACAGUCAGCGGCGAGUCGCAUGGCCGGGGACUUCGCCGGGAGGUGUUAUGACGUUCUGUCCAAAAGACCAAUGCGAACCGAAGUGGGCGACAUGCGCAUCGCCGAAGUCAACGAAUGGCUCGACAAACUGUCUGCUGCAUCCGGUGAAAAGGAGCAGCUUCCCAUUUUUGAGAUUUUCUACCAGAGAAUGAACCCAGAGGAGCUGAUGUGGCUAAUCCGCAUCAUUCUGAAGUUCAUGAAAGUGGGUGCCACUGAGAGAACUUUCUUCGAUAUCUGGCAUCCGGAUGCCGAGGCUCUGUUCAGCGUCUCUUCAAGCCUGCGCAGAGUAUGCUGGGAGCUCUCAGACCCUUCAUAUCGGCUCAAUCAAGAAGAGACCAACGUGCAUAUCAUGCAAUGCUUUCAGCCGCAGUUGGCACAAUUCCAAUUCUCUGGCUCUUUCCGAAAGAUGGUCGACAGCCUCACUAGAGCCAACCCGUUAGAGGAUGAUAAUGAGUACUGGAUUGAGGAGAAGCUGGACGGAGAACGAAUGCAAAUGCACAUGAAGGAAGAUUCCAACAGUCCUGGAGGUUUCCAGUUCUUCUUCGCAUCGCGAAAAGGCCAUGACUACACCUAUUUAUACGGUAGCAACUUCGAGGACGAGAAAUCUGCACUUUCUUGUCAUCUCAAAGAUGCAUUUGCGCCAGGAGUGCGAAACCUCAUUCUCGACGGCGAAAUGGUCACAUGGGAUAUGGAACUCGACAAGAUCAUGAAUUUUGGAACUCUAAAGACAGCAGCGCUGUCAGAGCAGAAGAAACUUUACAGUCAAAACGGAGCACGCCCUUUGUUUCGCGUGUUCGACAUACUACACCUCAAUGGCCAAUGUCUCAGCCAGUACACACUGCGAGACCGUCGUAAUGCGCUAGCAAAGGCAGUUCCAGGAGUCCAUCGAAGACUUGAGAUCCACCCAUACCUCGCAGCGACAUCACCAGAUGAGAUCGAGCCUCAGCUGCGAAAAGUCGUAGCCGAGGCCUCUGAGGGGCUAGUGCUGAAAAACCCACGUUCAAUGUACAGACUCAACAGCCGAAACGAUGACUGGAUCAAGGUGAAGCCCGAGUACCUGAAUGACUUCGGCGAAUCCGUCGACGUGGUGAUCAUUGGCGGUUACUACGGAUCUGGGCACCGUGGAGGUAGGCUUUCUUCUUUCUUGUGCGGCCUCCGAGCUGAUGAGAACGACAUCACCAUCAAGGGUGUCAAUCCUGAGAAAUGCUACAGCUUCUGCAAAGUCGGUGGUGGAUUCCGCGCCGAAGACUACGCGGAAAUCCGACACCACACAGAAGGGAAGUGGCAUGAGUGGGAUCGGAAGAACCCGCCUACAAAUUACAUUGAGCUUGGUAGUGGUGUUGAAAAACAAGCCGAACAGCCCGAUGUCUGGAUACGGCCGAGCGAGUCGGUCGUCAUCUCGGUGAAAGCGGCCAGCGCUGGUAGCUCCGAACAGUUCGCCAGGGGUAUAACUCUGCGGUUUCCCAGGUUCAAAGGGCUGCGUCUUGACAAGUCAUGGGACUCGGCGCUUGACUACCGAGAGUUCCUCAACUUGAAGAAGCAUGCCGACGAGAUGAACAAGUCGAAGGCUAUGGAGAUGGAAACCCGCCGAAGGCCGACUAAGCGGACCAAGAAAGAGAUUGUCAUCGCUGGGCAGGAAGCAGCGCCAGCUGAGUUCGAUGGCCCGAGAAGCAAAGUGUUCGAAGGUCUCGAACUCUGCGUUCUCACAGAGUCAACUGCACCGAAGAAGACCAAGUCGCAGCUGGAGACCCUGAUCAAACAGAAUGGCGGCAUCAUUUCACAGCAACCCAUACCUCGUAGCCACAUGCGUCUGAUUGGCGAAAAGAAGGUGGUCAAGGUCGCAAGUAUGAUCAAAGCAGGCGACGUGGAUGUCCUCAAGCCGAAUUGGGUACUGGAUUGCAUAGCGCAGAACUUCCUACUACCCGAGGAGCCGAGGCACUUGUUCCACGUCAGCGAUGCUCUCAAAGAAUGGGCCGCGGAGAACGUGGAUGAGUUUGGCGACAGCUAUGCGCGAGACCUGGACGUUUCGGAGUUGAGAAAUCUGCUGGCUGAUAUGCCCAAGCACGAAAUCAUCUACGAGCCCUUUAACAAGUUGGGCUUUUUGCAGCAGCUGGAAGAGCACGGUCAUGACUUUGGGGGGUUGAAGGGUCAUUUGUUUAGGAAGCUAGUGGUGUAUUUUGCGAGGGGCUUGGAUGUUUCGUCCAGCACUGCUUUGAAGCUGGAGAACUGGGUGAAGUUUGGUGGGGGAAGGAUCACAGAGGAUCUGGACGAUGAGUCGAUCACUACUGUUGUGGUCAUCAGUAGCGAUGGCACGAGUGAGAGGGAACUGGCUGCCGAAGUUCGUUCAGUUAUCAGUUGCAGACAACGGAUCCCGCACGUUACCUCGCAGAAGUGGAUCGAGGACUGUUGGAAGGAGUCGACGUUGCUCGACGAGGAAAGAUAUGCACCUAUGUAAAUAUCGACUUACGUGAGACGGAUAUUAUAGGGCACA